CUUCCAUACUCAUUCUCUCUUACAAACCCAUACUCCUGCAGCAAUGAACACAGUAUUGUGGGUUUUCCUGCUAUGUAUGCAGGGCUACUUGCUAACACAUGCUUUAGACUGUGCAGACGGGGGCACGGAUUGUGACAGUGGCCAGGUCGAAAGGGCAAAGUCAAGGUUUUUGAAGCACCCAAACUCCAACCAUGAGAGAGGAGCUCGCCAGAGCCAAGCCAACCUACCAGGAGCCUUUACAGCCAAGGGUUUCCCCAACACUCUAAUUCAGGCUGACAGAUCAAGGCGUCAUCUGAACAGCAAUAAGAAGAGACCAGUGCCUCCGAGGUCACGAGUGGGCAGUUACUCGCUGCUCAGUCACAACCCUAUGAGUCCUCUGCCAGUAGUGAGAGCUCGAAGGCAUGCUGGAGCUGCUGCUGCUGAUCCGGCCAUGCCUUCUAGAAUGACAGCGAAGCAGAGGCCCAGGAGAAGUACGACCAAGAAGAACACAAAAGCCGCAGUCGACUCAUGAGACAGAACAUUUAUCGGGAUAAAGUCAAAACAAUGCAAGGACAAAUACAGAGAUGCAUAUGGUUUGUUCAUCUAUAUUUAGUCCAUCUGAGUGUUCAUUUAUGUGCUGUCAUUUAAGGUGUUUCCUGAAGGGUUUUUUUUUUUUUUUAAUGUUUCAAGGUAAUUAAAAACAGUGGAGAUAUUAUUUAAAACUUGUUUUUUGCUUAUUAUUACAGGGACUCCUGUCAUUGUCCCCAAUCUGGCGUUCAUAAAGUUUAGUGUAGGCGAAUUUUUAAGGUUUUGUCCAGGGCUAAAGUCUGAUUUGGACUACUUAACUAUAAUCUUGAAUGUAUUAUUUGUGUAAAUUGUUUGGAAAAUGCCAGCAAUCAACUGAUAAAGUGAUAAAAUACAAGAAAACACAAACAUUUGAACAGAAAAAAGAAAGCAUUUAUAAGACACUGGAAGAGAUCAAGUACUCAUUUACUCUUUUACAGUGCAUAAGCUUUGUUUUGCUGUUGUUGUUGUUUUGUUUUCAGAAUCUGGCUGCAUGAUAUACGAAUUAUAUUUCCUGUACAACAUGUUCCAUUUGUAGAUCAAGCAAUCGGAAUAAGUGCUGCUCAAACCUCUACAAUGCCAGGCUGUGGCAAUCAAAUACCCAGCUUCAAAUAUUUAUAGUCUUGUAUUUUAAAGAAAGUUUUUCUUUACUCAAUUAUAUAAAAGUUUAUGUAUUAAAAAAAAAAAAGAUUCUUUGUUUUUCUAAUAUAGUAAAUUAUGCAGGUCUAUAUAGAGCACUUUUCAAGAAUAUUUUCUGAUCUGGUGUCAGUUUGUGAUUAAGGUCACUGCUGAUGAAGCAUUCAUUAUAUCAAACUUUAAACAGUAAGAGAUGAGAAUAUCUUGUAUUAAAGUUGUCAAUCAUU